AUGUUGGGAUUAAAGAAGAAAGCAAACAAGGGACGGGGCAAGAAGUCUGAUGAUCAGAUCCCGUCAAAUAUAGAAAAGCUGAAGGCAAAUCCCUCAUUUGACUUGAAGAAGGAAGCUUUUAAAGACGGAGGGUCUGGGCAUAUUGCUGCACACACGUUUACCUUUCGUGAAUUGGCUACGGCUACUAAGAAUUUUAGGGCGGAUUGUCUUUUGGGCGAAGGUGGAUUUGGAAGAGUUUAUAAAGGGCGAUUAGAGAGCACUAGCCAGGUUGUGGCUAUAAAGCAACUUGAUCGUAAUGGUUUGCAAGGGAACCGAGAAUUUCUUGUUGAAGUUUUAAUGUUAAGUUUGCUUCACCACCCAAACUUGGUCAACUUGAUUGGUUAUUGUGCCGAUGGAGAUCAAAGACUUUUGGUGUAUGAAUUCAUGCCAUUCGGAUCGCUGGAAGACCAUUUGCACGACCUUCCCUCUGACCAAAAGAGGCUCGACUGGAACACAAGGAUGAAAAUAGCUGCAGGGGCCGCAAAAGGCCUAGAGUAUUUGCACGAUAAAGCUAACCCACCAGUUAUUUAUCGGGACUUAAAGUGCUCCAACAUAUUAUUAGACGAGGGGUACAAUCCCAAGCUUUCGGAUUUUGGGUUGGCCAAAUUGGGACAAGUUGGUGAUAAAACGCACGUUUCAACUCGAGUGAUGGGGACUUAUGGAUACUGUGCACCUGAAUAUGCAAUGACUGGCCAGCUGACCUUGAAAUCGGAUGUUUAUAGUUUUGGAGUUGUUCUUUUGGAGAUUAUUACUGGCAGAAGGGCUAUUGAUAAUUCAAGAGCUGCUGGGGAGCACAAUCUCGUUGCAUGGGCUCGCCCGUUGUUCAAAGACCGCAGAAAGUUCUCUCAGAUGGCUGACCCCACGCUCCAAGGCCGAUAUCCGGCCCGCGGUCUCUAUCAGGCUCUUGCUGUGGCUGCAAUGUGUGUGCAAGAACAGCCCAACAUGCGGCCUUUGAUUGCGGAUGUUGUCACGGCCCUAACUUAUCUUGCUUCCCAAAAAUACGACCCAGAAGCCCAACAGCCGGCCCAAUCGUCCACUCCAAGAAUUCAGAGAGAGCUAAGGUACACAUAG